AUGAAUAAUAAAAUUAUAAUAAAUUUAUUAAUUUUAAUACUAUGUAUUUGUUCAUUACCAUACAGUAAAUCAUUAAUUACCCCAACAACUAAGGCUAACGAUGAUUGGAGUGUACCCGAAUGGGUUUCAGUUUCGUCAAACUCUGGUUUCUUUUCAGAAGAAGCAACAAGUAGUCUUAAUAUUAAUGUACCGGUUUUUGAUGUAGCUUGGAAACAAGUUAACCCAUCAAAAGGAGUUUACCAAUUUGACUCAACUGCUACUGUCAAAGGUAUGAAUUUUGCCUCAUUCAACAAUCAAAACUCAACCAAAAAUGCUUUUUGGAUGAGAAUUUGGAAUAGUGGUGUUGAUUGGGCUCCAUCUUGGAUAAAAUCAUAUUGCGGUGUUGAUGGUGUUGCAACUGAUUAUGAUGGUGAUAAACAUUUACCAAUUUGGAACUCGUGUGUUUGGGGUGAAAUUAAAGCCAUGUAUAAAACCAUAUUCAAAGACAAUAAUAUGAGAGCUGAUAAAAGAUUAAAGUUUAUUUACGUUCCAGGUGCAUUUAAUUGGUGCGAAUUUGAUUUUACCGAAAUUUCAGAAUACAAAGGAACCAAUAUUUCAUUUACAUACAAUGUAUUUAAUACAUGGUUCCAAACAGCAAUGCAAGAUCUAGUAGAUAUUUUUGGUGAAUAUAGCUAUAAAUUAGUAUACACUGGCGAAGAUUAUCCAUUUGAUGUCGAUGAUUGGCCAGCUUCUAGAAAUCUUUUAGCUAAAGACGCAGUAUCCAAAGGCAUGGGUAUUAGAAAUGGUAUUACAGAGUUAUUUAACUUUCAUUUAAAUCAAAUCCCAGCCUAUGGUAUCACUAUUGAUACAGCAACUGGUUAUUUAAACUUCGACAAAUCAUGGCCACUUCAAGCAAAUCCAAAUAGAGUUAUUGGUACUGAAAAUGAAUGCUAUAACAGCUGUGGUUUCAAUGUACCAAAUUCAAAUAAUUUAUAUUAUGCCGUCAAAAUGUCAAAUUUAAAAGCACUUCAAAUGGGUGUAAACUGGCUAUAUUUGGUCGCAACCGAUAGCUAUCUUUCUCAAUAUCCAGAGCUUUACAACUGGAUAAGAUAUUCAUUGGGUAAACAAGCAAGCACCUCAUUUGAUGCAUGGGCCGUUUUAAGAAAAGCACAAGAUAAGUUUUGGAUCUAUGAUGACUCUUUAACCUGGCCAGAUAAACCAUUUAUCAAAAAUCUUGAAAGAUUCCUCACCCAAAGAGAUUUAAGUGGUGGUGCUCAAACCAAAGAAAGUCCAACAAAGAAAACUGGUAUUUACAACAAUGAAGGUGCUGAUUUAGGAGAUGCAUAUGAAGGUAGACAAACUAAUUUAGCAACAGGUAAUACUGCCAUUUCCUUCUUUUUGGAUGAUGAUUUUGCUUCUGGUAAUUGCACAAAUAUUCAAAUUAAAGUCACCUAUUUAGAUCUACAAGCUAGUCAAUUUUUAAUCAAGUAUCAAGAUGGUGCAUCAGUAUUAAAUACUUCCUCGGUUACAGUUGGCACCACUCAGUCAUAUAUUACCGCAACAUUUAACUUCUCCUCAAUUACUUUUUCAAACUCAGUCUCUGGUACAAGAAAAGCUGAUUUUGAAAUUAUUAAUUCAGGUUCAAAAGAUAUCGAAGUUUUAUUUAUUAGGGUUAUAAAAUUAAAUCAAAAUAGUAGCAGUAGUAACAACAACAAUAACAAUAACAAUAGCAAUGGCAAUAGCAGUGGUAAUAAUAACAAUAAUAGCAAUAGCGGUACCUCAUCAUCUGAAUCAAAAGAUCAACCAAAUAAUGGUUCAAGAUUAACAAUUUCUUUUAGCUUAUUUUUAAUUUUAUUUAUCACUUUUAUUUUACACUAA